AUCCUCCAGCCUCGUUAAUAUUCACACAACUUUCUUUUUCCAGAGUUCACAGCAACCCUUCUUCUACUAUAUCCUACAUUGUUGUUAACGUUGAUGUUCCAAGAAAUCUUAACCGUCCGCAGCCAGAAGAAGAAAUUUUCCGCACUCAAAUUUUAAUGGAAAGUGCUCGCGUUUUUCUGGAAAAAUAUUUGAAGUCUUCUUUUAUUAAGGUUAUGGCGUGGAGGAAUCUGGGAUCGCUUUUUAAUUUCCGGGGUAUCUUUCAGCAGGGAAGAACUUCGGAAGUCGAACUGGGAAGGUACACGAUUAAAUCCCAUGGAGCUGCACUUGCAAAGAAGCACAUGCACGAUUGGCUUAUACUGGUGCUCCUUGGAGUGAUAGAUCUCAUUUUGUUCAUCAUUCAUCCGUUCUACCGUUUCGUGGGGAAGGAUAUGAUGGAAGACCUUAGAUAUCCCAUGAAAGAGAGCACGGUGCCUCUGUGGGCUGUCCCUAUGUACUCGGUUUUGUUACCUAUUGCAAUUUUCCUCUUUUUCUAUAUGCGUCGGAAAGAUGUCUAUGAUCUGCACCAUAGCAUUCUAGGCCUCUUGUUCGCCGUGUUGAUUACUGGUGUUAUCACGGAUGCGAUUAAAAAUGCGGUUGGCCGGCCUCGACCAGACUUCUUUUGGCGUUGCUUUCCUGAUGGACAAGAUGUUUAUGAUCGGUUUGGGGGUGUAAUGUGCCAUGGUAAGGACAGUGACAUAAAGGAAGGACAUAAGAGUUUUCCAAGUGGUCACGCUUCAUGGUCCUUUGCAGGUUUAGGAUUUCUCUCGUUGUACUUGUGCGGGAAGAUUAAAGCAUUUGAUCGCAAAGGGCACGUGGCAAAACUAUGUAUUGUCUUGCUUCCUCUACUUGCUGCAUCUCUCGUUGCCAUUUCAAGAGUAGAUGACUAUUGGCACCAUUGGCAAGAUGUGUUUGCUGGAGGCCUCUUAGGACUUGUUGUGGCUUCGUUUUGUUACCGGCAAUUCUUCCCUUCCCCUUAUCACGAUCAAGGAUGGGGUCCUUAUGCGUAUUUCUCUGCAUUGGAGGAAACACGUAGCCAUUCAAAUCCGGGUGUCAAUCCUACGAACAAUGCACUGAGUGUGCAGGUGAUCGGGGCUCAGAAUGUGAACGAACAACACAUACAAAUUGACGAUGCACUUGCAGCAUUCUCUCACAACCGAUACACAAGCAUUAGUUCGCAUGAAAUGGAAUCGGGCGAAAAGUAGUAUUGUACAUGGCGGGCUUUGUUUAGUUUUCUGGUUUCCGCUCUUCUUCCCCAAAAACCACUCACCCUGCUGCUCCCUCCACCGCCUUGAGAUCGAAGCCGGAACCCCGCCCACUCUCACUAUUACUUGCUCGGAGACUGCUCCUGUCGUACGGAAUUUGCAUGUACUUCUCACUCUCUUGCUCUCUCUGUAAGU